AUGCAGCCUUUGCCCCCUGAAGACGAGAGUUCUACUGCGGCUGCUGCUGCUCCUUCCACAGCUGCUUCGGGAUCGGCAGCAAAUGCAGCAGACACCGUCCUUGUUGCUCCUGCAGCAGCAGCAGCAGCAACACCAACAGCGGACGGCAUCAGCAGCAGCAGCAGCGAGCAGCAUCAAAACGAUGAUAGCUCUAUCCAGUCGCCUAUAGCUGUGUCGGAGAGAGCAGCAGCAGCAGCAACAACAGCAGCAGCAGCAGAGAGAACUGGCGCUGAUGCAGCGCUUAGUUGCAAUAUAGAUGACAGUACGUAUUCACCGACACCACACGAUGUAAUCAAUGCACCAGAAGCAGCAGCAGCACAUGCAGCAGCAACAGCUGCAGCUGCUGCAUGCGCUGCUGCUGAGCCCCAAUCACCUCCUACAGCAGCACUCAGCAUGCCUCCUUGGGAAGCGACUGACAGCAGUGCGACGUCGGUCGCCCCAUGUUCAAACAGUAGUAACAGCAGCAACAGCAGCAGCAACAGCAGCAGCAACAGCAACAGCAAUAGCAACAGUAGCAGCAACAGCAGCAGCAACAGCAGCAGCAACAGCAGCAACUGGCUAUGCGAUAUGGGAGGGCCUGAUGGUGCUGGUUUUAUAAAGGUGAGGACAUUCAAGGAAGAAGUGCCACAAGGAAAGGAGACACUUCUCUCUCAUGACCAGUCCCUUCUAGCUGUCCUUAGCAGCAGCAGCAGCAGCAGCAGCACAAGCAACAGCGGUAGCUCGUGCUGCUGCACAUGCAGCUGUGACUGCAGCAGUGAGGGAAGGGAGCUCUGUGACAGCAGCAGAAGAACUGCGUGCUGCUGUGGCAGAUUGGCACACAAUAUACCUGCUCAGCAGCAGCAGCAGCAGAAGCAGGAACAUGCUGAUUGUGCUUCAAUCCCUAUCCGGCAUGGGCGGCUGCGUCUUUUUGUCGCUGCUGCUCCUUCGGGAGCUGCUGUCGCUGCUGAUCCUUCUCUUGCUGCUGCAGCAGCAGCAGCAGCAGAGGGAUUUUUGUGGCGGGGGAAACCGCUGCUGCCUGGGGGACAGACAGCAGUGCAGCAGACACAUGACACCAGCAGCAACAGCAGCCGCAGCAGCAGAAAGUGGGGUCAUAAGAAGGGAGUUUUGAUGCGUUGUUGCGUUGCUGCUGCUUGGGCGGAGCUACCUCCAGUUCUGCUACCACUGCAGCAGCAGCAGCAGCAACAGCAACAACAGCAGCGUACGCAAGUAUUGUGCUGCCUCGGCAGGGACUCGCUGCAGCUGUUUGUAUUUCGAGGUGUAUGCACACCUGAUGCUCCCCUGCUUCCCUGGCAUGACCUUCAGUUGAAGUGCAGCAAAGACAACUCUUGCUGCAGCAGCAGCAACAACAGCUGCAGCAGUAACAGCAACAGCAGCUGCAGGUACUGGCACGAAACGGAUUUCGUUGAUGCAUCUGAUGCUCAAGGGGACAGCCUGUUGCUGCUUCGGUGGGAACUUGACCGGCAAAUAUCUAGUUGCAGAAGCAGGAGCAGCAACGGCAGCAGCAAGAACAGCAGCAGCAACUGUAUCCUGUUGUAUUCUCUUUCACUCUUUGCCCUCAAGGCUUUUGCGGAUCGAAGCUCCUCCCUUCCGCAGCAGCUGCAGCAGCAGCGUAGAGCAGCAGCACAAUCAAGCAGCCGGAACCGCAGCAGCAGCAACGACUGUUGGAGGCUGAUGGUUAGCGGCCGCAGCGAUUUGCUGUUGCUGCUUAAUGAUGCUGUUUGCCUCCGCCUGCAGCUCGGCGGUGCAGGUGUCUCCCUUGUGCGGCGCUUCGUCCUGCAGCUGCCUGUGUCCCUUCCUGCUCGGCCGCCCAGCAGCACAAGCGGCAGCAACAACAGCAGCAACAUCAGCACUGGCCAAAAAGGGACACAGCUGCCCCUUCAGCGAUUCGUUGAUGCAUGCUGCUGCUCCUCCUACCUUUAUGCUAUAACGACGCCGCCGCUACAGCAAAUACUCAUUUGGUGUGUAACGGCAGGUGUUGCAGUGCAUGCGUUGGAAUUGCCUCUGUACGACCCCCCGCAGCAGCAGCAGCAGCAGAAGCAAUGCAUUAGCAGCGAAAACGUUGCCGAUAGUCGUUGCCAAUGCAGCUGGGACCGAGGCAGGAGCAGGAAAGGGAGGAGAAGUUGCUGCAGCGGCAACUGCCGCUGCUGCUGCAGCUGCGCAGCAGCAGCAGCAAGAGCCCGCGCCUUCGACUUGCCUGUGGUGCUGCUGUCUGUACGGGUCAGUCGUGAGUCUCAUCAUCUUGUAAUUGGAGACAGCAGGAACUGUCUCCGUGUUGUAUCUCUGAAGGGCUUCUUUGCUGCUGCAGCAAGUGCAGCAGCAGCAGCAGCAAGCUGGGGCGAUGCAGCAGAAAACAGCUUCGAAGAGACACAAUUUAAACAGAGGCAAAGAGCAGCAGAAGGCCUGCCUCUUAAGAGACAGCUGCUUCCUGCUGCUGCUGCUCUCUCUGCCUUUCCUACUGCCUUUGGUCUCCUUGCAUUACGUCUGCACAUGGCUGCUGCACCUGUUGCUGCAACUACCGCAGCACGUGCUACACCUGCUGCUGCUUACCAGCAAAUGCUCGAAGCCUGCACUUUCCUGUCUGCUACUGUCCGUCGUGGGGAUCCCAUACUCCCUGCUGCAUCGUCUCCCUGCAGCAGCAGCAGCAGCAGCAGCCGCGACAGCGCCGUUGUUUUUGUAUCGCGGGAAGCGCUUCUGUUCCUCCAGCAGGUGGCCGUGAAGAAGCAACAGCAGCGGCAGCAACAGCAGCGGCAGCAACAGGGGCGUUGGCAGGCCGCGCAGCAGCUGUGCGAGGAGCUGCAGCUGGGGCUGCUGCAUCAAGACACAAGAGCGCAGUUGCUGUUGCAGCGGCAGCAGCUGCUGCAGCAAUUUGAACGUUUCUGUGGAUACAGCACAGCAGCAGACAGCAGCAGCGACCGGUUUAUGUGGCCCGAAGCAGGUGGGCCUCUACAGCUGUUGAAGCAGAAGCAACAGCAGCAGCAGCAGCAAGCUGCGUGGCUGCUACCUCCUUAUGAACUGCAGCAGCAACCAGCUGGCAGCCAGGAGUGGCAGGAGCUCCAGCUGCUGCAGCAGGAUCUCCCGCUGCAGCUGCUGAAGCUGCAGCCUCCCUUUGGGGGUCCUCAAGGCCCAGCAACAGAAGCUAGUCCCCUCCUAGCAGAAUUAGAGACACUGAUGGAUGCCUGCGCUCUGGGCACGGAACAAGCAGUGGAUGAUCUCCCGAAGGGCCUCACCUCUUCUAGUACGGGGGAGCUGGUGGAGUUGUUGGCUUCCUUCGCCGACGAACAGCAGCAGCAACAGUAUCAGCAACAGCCGCAGCCCCAGCAGCAGCAAACAAGGAGUCCGAUCUACCGGCUGCACGACACAGCAGCAAAGCUGCAGCAACUGCAGCGCGAGCGCGCUAUGAGGGAUGCCCGGCCCUCAUGGCUGUAUGUCGCGGUGCUGCCUUUCUUCUGCAGAAGCAACAGCUGCUGCUGCUGCAGCCCUAGCAGCAGCAGCAGCGAGAAGAAACCUUUGCUGCUUGAUGCGGCGCUUACCAUAGAAAGCUCAGAACCGAUCACGUCUCAAUCCUUGCCAGUCAGAUGUUUAUCCAGCAACAGCAGCAGUAGCAGCCGCAGUAGCAGCCCGACCAGCAGCAGUGACGAAGAGAGCAACGGGAGAAGCGUCUCCCCAUCUGCAGCGGAAAGGAGCAGCAGCAAGUGCCCCGGUUGCUCCAGCUCUCUCCGGAUCUUCCCUAGCGACGCAUUUAUCUUCGUUGAGGGAGUUUCUCGCUGCAGCAGCAAACGCAGGAGUCGCCGAAGCGAGCGAAACAGCAGGAGCAACGGCAGCAGCACCUGCGACAGUUGCUGUAGCGUUUCUUACAGAUGUUGGCUGGUGUCCUGGCCUUCUACUGAAAAAGACAAUAAACCCCGUGCUGCGGCCCUUGCUGCCGUUUCUGCUGAUGGUGCUGCUUCGGCUUCUGCAACGAUUAGGGGAAGUAGCAGCUUCCUGUCAACGUGGCUUCGCAGCCAAAGGAGCAAGCACAACACCAGCAAUAGUACCACCAUCAGAACCAAGAGGCAUCAGCAACACUUACAGCAGCCUGGCGAGCUGCUGGUGCAAUCGUGCGUCGGCGAGCGGCUGUCUCUAGGUAUUGUGUCUUGCUGCAGCAGAGCAGCGCUGCUGCUGCAGCCAAACAAGGGCGUGUUAUUUGCUGCUGUGGAAGGCAGCAGCACUCUCCAGCUGCUGCAGUGCGUUCUACUGAUGGAAGGCCCUCGUGCUGCAGCAACGUUCUGCAUGCAAAACGGCCUGGACAGCAGCAAAGUGGGUCUGCUGUUGCUGCAGCUGGCGCUGCGCUGCAAAGACCUCAAACGGAUAGCAGAGGCCUUGCUGUUGCUGCAACAGAACCAGCAAAUGAUCGCUAUGCGACUCCUUAUGGCUUUUGUCUUCAACGGAUACAGCGAAGAGGCGCUCCCAUUUGCCUUUUCAACUACAGAAAGGGCUGCCCAAACUGCUGCUGCUGCAGACAUAUCGUCUGUCUACGAGUCUACAGCAGUUGCGCAGCAUGCAUUGCUGCUGCUGCAGGCGCUCCAUCAGCAGCAAAAGCAGUAUCAGCAGGAGUGCGGCGACGAGUUACGCCGGCUGAGGGAUUGCUGUCUCUUGAGACGAAGAUAUGCCGGCGACGGCAUCGGAAACUACAGGAGCAGCAGCAACAACAACAGCAGCAGCAAAGACAUCAGCAACAGCUGCAGCAACACCGAAGCUUCGCUACACUUCCCGCCCUCCUUGGUGUCCCUAGUAGCUCCUUGGCAAUCAGCAAUACCAGCGCGAGAUACAGCAGCAGGAGCAGCAGCAGCACCACCAGAUGCAGCAGCAGCUACGGCAGACAUGCCUCCUGCAGCAAUGCAUCUUGAGUGCGAAGCAGCAUCACUCCUAGACAUAGGAUUUAGCUCGCGUUUGCUGCUGCGCCUGUUGCAGUUUGCUGCGUCUCUCACAGACAUCCGAGUCCUUGCAAAGAUUGACCUUGCUGCGGCAGCAGCGGCUGCACCAGGCAAGCAGCAGCAGCAGCAGCAGCAGCAACUCACGGACGAGCUUUCCGAGCUAGCACUGUACGUACGGCUUUUGCGGUGGCUGCAACAGCGCGUGUCUGCUGCUGCUGCGAAGCAGCAGCAGGUGGAACAACAGCAGCCACAGCAACAGGCGGUGAUUCUCUUAGACUCGGAUCCGAUUCAACAGGAGCAUGACCAACAGCAGCAGCAACAGCAAGAACAUCGAUUUGCUGUGACAGAGGGAGACGCUGAGCUCCCUUGGGGCCCUAACGUGACUGUGGAGACAGUGGUCAGAGAGACGCUUUUGAGUGGGCGCAUCAGCAAGGGAUUGCUGUGGCUGCAGAAGCAACUGCACCACCAGCAGCAACAGCAUCAGCAUGUUUCCGCAAUGGCUCUGCUGCAGCAGGUGGCCGAUCGUAUGGCCUACAGACUCUUUUGCUGCCAGCAGGCUGAGCUGUUCUUUGUGGGGCUGCAGAUGCUGCGGCAGAUUGGGGUUGACAUUCCUGGAUUUUGCCUACGUGCUGCGUUGCUAACAACGCGGACGCCUGUGCGGCGUCGGUUGUUGCGGCAUCUAUAUCACCAGAAGCAACUGCAGCCAAUGCAUAUGAGCCUCAUUCGUAUCAUGCAGGUUCUUGAGCUUUUAUUUACCGACCCGUCUUACGAGGCAGAGGUUGCAAGACGUUGCGCCUCCUUAGCAAUUGCAGCAGAAGCAGCAGCAGGGGACUCCGAAUCAGAAGGGGACGCCGUAUCGCCUGCUGUGCAUGCCUCGGGGGGAAGGAGAGACGCCCUGAUGGGAAACACUUCCAGCAGCAGCAGCAGCAGUAGCAGAGGAGCAGCAGAAUGCUGGCCAGCAGGAGGCGGCGCUGCCCUUCGGGCUGGGGCUUUGUGUGACGGCUAUGUCUGCUCCAGCCUGAGAAGGCAAAUCCUGCAGCACCAGCAGCAACACCAGAAGCCCCAGCAACAGCAGCAACAGGGGGAUGAGCGGAGCACCAACCGUGGUGCUGUGGAAGCAGAGCCCAUCCCAGAUUUUACACCUGAAAGACACCCACAGGAAGCUCUGAGGGAAGCAGCAGCUGCAGCUGCGGCAGUCGCAGCAGCUGCAACACGAACAGAUUACUUGGUGUUUGUGCUGCAGGCGUGGGCCCACCUGAAGUGUGGGGAAGCACCAGACCUGGCGGAGUGCUGUUUCUCGGGGGUUGCUGCUGCUGCUACAGCUGCAGCUGCUCCCGACACCACCAGUCGCGACUGCAGCAUCAACAGCGAUGUGCUGCAACAGCAGCAGCAACUGCUGCUGUCUCAGGAAGAGAGUGCUCGUCUGUGUGCACAUCGCGCGUAUGGCGAUUCCCUGGAAACAGAAGGGGAUGUGCUGCAAUUGCAGCAGGCAGCAACUGCUGCAGCAGCAGCGACGCCACCGCAGCAGCUACCUCCUCUGACCCUCCAGGCAAACCUGCGUCGUCUUCUUGCAGCGGAAAAGGAUUUGUUUGCGCUUGUUACCACCCAGCCGCCGACUAACAACGCAGCAGCAGCAGCAGCGGCAGCAGCAGCAACACAUGCGUCUCUUGGGGGGUAUAUCAGCCUGUCUCUCUUUGAACUGUCUCUCUUCAAGCCCACCUCCCUCUUGCGCAUUUUUGCAGAGAAGAGGCAUGUGGAGCUCGUCCACAUGCUCCGCUCUCCUGGGCCAAGUAAUAGAAGAAACCAGCAGCGGCAACCGCAGCAGCUGCAGCACGUGCGGACGUUGUGGGAGAUUGCAGCGGGAUGUCUUGGGAUUGCUGAGGGAUUGAAGAGUUUUCUUGCCUGGAGGUGUAUCUUCGCUUUCUGCUUGGCGCAUUUUGACUGGCGAGGGAUAGCUAUGUGUAUUGACGAGCUGCCUAUACACCGGAGCAUUGCCUGCGAUUCGUGGGGCCGCCUGAAGCAAGUCGGUGCUGCUAUAACCAGGCGCUGCAGCAGUAGCAGGACUAACAGCAAGCCACUCCUGCUGCUAAAGCGCAUCCUGUCCUUUCUAAAGAGGAGAAGACAGAGAGAGGAAUCAGUUUUUGUUGACGAGCUGUUGCUGCAGCGGCUCGCCCGCCGAGGUCUCUUUCUAGAGGCGGUGGAGACAGGCAAUGUAGCAGCGGCAUCUGCAGCAGAGAAACCAGCAGCAGAGGUGGAUGCUGUGACGACAGCAACAACACAUACAGAACCCGAUGAUGCGGCGCUAGCGCUGUUGCUGCAAAGACUCGCUAAGGCUGGUUGCCUGUUCAAGAGGCAGCAGCACCACGAACAUCACGAGCAGCAGCAAAAGCAGCUCUAUGUGGCCACUGAUCAGAUGCUCCCUGUGGGCUCUUUGUCCCCUUUGCAUCUUUUCGUAAUUCGCAUUUGCCUUUCAAAUUGUCUACCGUCGCUCUUUUUAUCGUAUUUAGAGCAGAGGCUCUACCGUGUGUUUGCAGUACGAUGUAGUUCUGCUGUCUGCUUUGACCCGGAGGGGACGGCGUUCUUGCCGCUGUCUGCUGUCGCUCGUCUGUCUCCUCCAAUGUUCGUUAGUCUCCUCGCCUUUGUCCCUCCACCAUCUGCUGCUGCUGUUGCAGCUGAUGCUGCAGCCGAUGCAGCUGCUAGUAGGAGACAGCUGGAUGUGUUCUCGGUCUCCCUUGAAGACCUGAGGACUGGGCUUGCUCCUUUUAAAGAAUUGGCCAGUGCUUACUUCGCUCAUGCGCCUGUCGCACAUUCAAUGCAGCAGCAGCAUCAACAGGAUCAACUGCAGAAGGCGGAGCACCAACAGCGGCCGCAGCAGGAAGAGGAGGCAAAUGAGUGCCAACAAAGAGAGCCUGGGGUUCUAAAGACUUGCCUUUUCGCUGCGUCACUUAUAGAGCAACAGAGGCGCAUCAUCCAGUGCACCUCCCCCGGAGAGCAGAAGCAGCAAAAGGGGCAACAGCAUCAGCACCAACGGGACCACCAAGGUCCCUCCUGCUUCCUUGUCGACAUGCAGACAUGGCGUAGGGAUGUGUCUUUGUUAGACCUUCUCUUCGAAUGCUUCGAUUCUGUUGAUGUACGGGCUUUGCUGCAGCCCGUCGACGUUUUUGUCAUUGCUGCUGCUGCCUGUGCUGCGAAUGGGUCGCUUGCGCACACGCAAGGAGUAGCCGCAACAGAGAUAGCACCGUCAAGAAGAGCAUCAAGAUGGACAGAACGAGCAAUGCUGCCAUCAGAAGUCAAGAGAGCUUUUAUAACGGGAGAGGCCUUCACGUCUUUGAUGCUGCGGCUGCAUGAACCAGCUGCACCUGGGAUACUUGGCUACAGCAUCAGCAGCAGCGAAGGCUUGAGUGUAGCUUAUUUUCUUUCUCAAGGCCGUCCCUCUGCUGCAUUCCACUUGCUUCUGGCCAGCCGCACCAGCUGCCGUUGCUGCUGGUGUGAUGCAGCCAAUGCAUGCAGCAGCAGCUGCAACAGCGACAGCAGCAGUGGAGGGGCUUGUGCUUGUGCUGCUGCUGCUGGAGCAUCGGACGUCCAGCUGCUUCAGCUAACCCCAGAAGAAGAAGACCUUCUGCAGCAGACAGCUAUGGAAGUUGCAUUUUACAACCUCUUAGACGAGGGCACUGUCUCCUCCUGCCUCCUGUUCUUAGAACUCUGCAGCCUCGACGCCACUAUGCUGCGAGUGGACGCCCAAUCAGCCCGCAGGAUCUACGAACACCAGAAGCAACAACAGCAGCAGCAAGCUGUCCUUGCUGAAAGGGCAGCCAGCAAAGCAGCAGGGGGGCCAGUCCAUGAUGCAGCUGCCACUUUAGUAAUACAACUAUUUAGGGCCUUCCCCCGUCCAUCAUCGGCCAAGUCCAUCGGCAGCAGCAGCAACAACAACAACAGCAGCAACAACAACAUCAGCAGCAACAACAGCAGCAACAACAGCAGCAACAACAGGAGUAGCCGCGGCAUCUCUUCCCCACAUCUGUUGUCAGCACUUCGUCUCCUAGAAGAGGCGACGUGGGCCCUCAGCGCUCCCCCGCAACCGGCAGCAACGGGAACUGCGGCGGCUACUGCUGCUGCUGCAGUAAAGAGACAGGCCACUAGCCCGUGGCACUUGGUUGCUCACUUCUGCAGGGUCCACGAGCUCCCCCAUUCUUUGACACUGCUGCACGAAUUGGCGAGGAAAGGAGACUGGCUGUCGGUUUUGCAUGAAGCUGAACUCCAGCGCUGCCCUAAAGACACCCUCAAGGGAGUUAUUGAUGGCUACUUUACAGAUCCGUGCCUCCGCGGCCACCUGAAGAGAGCAAUUGGCUGCGGCAGCAACUCAGCUGUAACUGGAGCCGUUACAGAUUCCUCUUGGAGGGACGCAGAAGAUCCUCUCUGUCUCCUUGUAGCUGCGCAGGAAGAACAGCAGAAGCAGCAGCAGCUGCUCGGUCUACAACUGCUUCGCGAGGCUCUCCGGCUGUGCCGCCCACGUCUUGCAGUGUACGCGAGUUGUUUCUCGGAUUGUAGCCUGCUGCAGUGUCUGUCCACCUGGCUGGCUCUCCAGGCGGCCCUUCUUCCACAGCAUCAGCAGCUUAAUACUGCUGCUGCUGAUGCUGGCAAGCAGGAGCAGCUGACUUUGUUGCUUCGCCGUGCGGGGCUGCAGCGCGUUCAGCAGCACGGGAGUCCUGCACAGUCUCAGCAUCAACAACAGCAGCAACAGGAAAUAAUUCCUCGUUUGCUGCAAUUGGUGCAGUCCGGUGCUGCUUCUUCUACUGCAGCCGCAGGCGUUGCAGCACGUGAGGAAUGUCUCCUUCUUUCUGGAGGUGCAGAGACUCUGUGUGGGCUUAUAUUAUCUCUGGCAGAAGCGGGUGGAUUCGUUUUGCUGCUGCGGGGCUUCGCGUUGUUCGACCCCAACAGCCCGCUGAUGCAUUUACUGCUCUUCUUCAGGGCCUUCUCUCAGAGGAGGUUCAAGACGGCUGCAGCGGCUCUACGGCGAUUCGUGUCCUUUCGCAAUAACAAACACCAAGCAGCUGUCGCUGCUGCCGCGAGUCCAGCAGCAGAGACUGUCCCACCAGUAAAAGACGAUACCAGUGGAGAUGGAAAUACCUUGCAAGCAGCAGAUAUUCGCCAAGUCAGCAGUGAGAUGCUGCGCAUGCUGCUUCUUUCUCAGGGGCCACACAUACAUCCUUUGCUCCAGCUGCUGCACGAUGUGGGAUAUUCUCGGAGCUUCUGUCUUCUUCACCAUGCGGACGUUAUUUGCAAUGGCGAGAGUCCUGUGCUACAGCAGCAGCUGCAGCGGCUCUUACUGCAACAGCUUCAACAGACCGUGGAUGCGCCGCCGCAGGAGACGCGAAGCGACCUCUUGCUGGCGCUGCUGCAGCAGCGAAAAUACGCAGAGGCCCGGCAGUGGGCGAAACUGGCAGCUGAUGCUGCUGAUGCGGAUGCGGCUGGCGUUGCUGUUGUCUUUGGUGCUGCACUCGACGCUGCAGGUUUGGGUGCGGGUUGGGUACAGCUUGUGACAGUGCACGAAGUGGCGGAGGGCCUGGAAGGGCUGCGGAGGAGCAGCAAGAGCUCAAGGGCUUCCGUAGACGAGCGGCUAGAGGUGUGGGCCCGUUGCUGCAGGCUGUUUGCAGUUCACAAGUACCCUCACGUCCUUGCUGCAGUCUUCCUGCUAACAGUUUCUGCACAGAUGGAAGGGGACAUCUCCCUAACAGAGCAGGCCUUUCUCUUGGCUGCUGCCCUUAGUCUCUUAGGCUCUCCACACCCCGCACCCGCACGAUUUAGCAGUCGAGAGGCUCUGCUGCAACAUUUGGUACAGUGUGCACAAGGUAGCUGCUCAAAAUGUGGCGUCAGCAGCAACGGCGACAGCAGCAGCAGCAACUCUGGUGGUCUCACACUGGUAGACUGUCUACCCCUCCAGCCGGAGGAGAUGCGCUCUGUGUUUUGGAUAGGACAAGCAGAAGCUUCUGCUGAUGCUGCAGCAGAAGAGGAUGGUUAUUGCUGCUGUAGCGCAACAGCAACAGACUCCCAGCUAGCAGAUCCCUUCGGAGACAGCAACAACAGCAGCUUUCAAGAUUGCUGCUGUAGGUGUAUGGUCUCCUCUCACUUACUUGCGCAGCUGCAGGGCCGCCUGCUGCUGUUGCUCACGUCUCAGUCGACAACAGCAGCAGCUGCUGCGGCACUGACACCGGAGCUCGCCGGGAACCUGUGGGGCUCACAUGUCGCUGCUUCAACUCGUCAGCUUCUGCUACAUGGAGCAGCUACCCCACUCAAGGCUUGCUCUGGCACCAAUAACGUACAGCAGCUGCUCCAGCAGUUGCAGCAGCUGGUAGACCCAGACGCACCUGCGCUUCCUCUGCACUAUAUAGGGGUUCCACAGUGGACUUCGCCCUCUGAUACUGACCUUGACGACAAGGAUAUCCAGCAGCAACGGCAGCAGACGGGUGGGUUUGAUUGUAGCGAAGGUUUGCCUGGGGCACUCCAGGGUAGGACUGCACAGGCUCAGUCUGCCAACAAGGUUUUGCUGCAGCAAUUGCAGAAAGCUGUUCAUAAUGCCAUAUCCAUCGGGUGUACACACAUCGCUAGAGCCCUAGUUGGAAGUUUUGUGACCUUCCUGCGGAGCUCGCCUGCUGCUGCCUCCGUCGCUGGUGCUUCUGCCAUUUCAAACACCAAGAGCGCCCAGGAGGACCAGCAGCGGAAGCAGCAGCAGCUCCUGCAGGGUCUAUCACAGGAAGUGCAGCUGGCGGAGCUGCUGAUUCGCGUGGUAUCAUUGCCUAUGCCCCUGCGGGCGCAGCAGCAGCAGCUGGUGCUGCUGCAGACCUUGUCAGCUGCUGCUGCUGCUGCAUGUGCAGCAACCAGGCCAGGAGUUGGCCCUCUGCCGCAGCUACACAGGGAGCUGCUCCAAAUGUUGCACGAACACGUAGGGUCUCCUGAUACUCAAGUCACAAUGCAGCAGCGGCAAGAGCAGCGGCAACAGCAGCAGGAAGGUACCGACCCGCAGCAAGACAACGAAAACGAGCAGCAACACCUUCUGUCCCUGCAAAUGCACCGGCAGCAACUGCAGCUACUGUCUCAGCUUGUCCAAAGAUGCAAGCCGGGACUGCAUCCGUUUUGUCUAGAAUUGCUCAUCCUCUUCGCCGUUAGUCUUGUGCUGGUAUCUUCCUUCAAUGAAGUGCUGCAGCAGCAGCAGCAGCAACCACAGGCGCUGCUCCUGAGGCUACUGCUUGCUGCUGCAUUCCCCACCUGUGGCAUGCCCAAACCGUCACUUUGCAUCCGGUUUGCUGAAAAGCUCACGAGAGACCGGCGACUGCAGCAGCAGGAGGUUGCUGCCGUUCUUCUGGCUGCUUUUGUUGCUCACCAGCAGCAGUUCUUAGAACACGUACAGAACCCGAGCCAGGGGCAAGAGCAGCAGCAGCACCACCAGCAACAGCCGCAGGAACAACACGACCAAGGCCAAGAGCAGCAGCGGAUAAUUUGGUUUGAAUGGCCAUUGUUGAUUCUGAAAGACUUCUUAAGGAUAUGCGGAACCCCAGGUCUAGUAGGAGAGCAAGCCUUGCAAAUGCUGCUGCAGCAGGAUGAGCUGGAAAUGGACCAAGCGCUGCAGCUGGGGAAGCCGGAGGGUGAUAUGGGACUCUCCAUGACUUCUGUAGCCGCUCCACCUCUGCUGUUGCUGCAUGAGCAGCAGGUAGAGUUGUCCUUGUUGGCGUAUUAUGACUUGGAGCGUGCAUGCAAUGCUGCGGGACUGGCGCAGCUGCUGGAGCUCCUUCAAAGGCGGCUUGCGGUUUAUAUGCAGUUGGGCAAACCAUAUUUGCUGCUGCGCGUUCUAACUAGCAUAUCUCCGUCUCCUCAUUUCACGCCGGCAAUGCAAAUGCUGGUGGACGGAGGCUACCUACUGCAGCUGCUUGCAGCCUGCCGCAAGGGCAUGAAGCAGCAGCAAGAACGGCUGCUGCUGCAGCAUCUGCUAGAGCCCUCUGUCGUUAUACCCGAAGUUCAAGUGUGCGAGUCGCUCGCCCUUGCCAUCUGUGAUUUGCUACAAUCUCAGUACGACCAGCAACUACACGAGCUUCUAGACCCGAUGGCGAAUGAGCCGCAGCGGCAGCGGGAGAGGACUUUAAAGAUCACCUUGGACAAGCUGGUUUUGGCUAAUUUGGAAUUGGGUUUCAAGAAGGAGGCUGGGCUUCUGCUGCAGCAGGAAGCCUUUCGGUGCUUGGCGAUGGAGUUGGACGUGAAGGAGGUCUAUAGCGAGAGUGGAAUUGACCGGCUGUGUCUGGGGCUUCAACUGCUGAUCCAGGCAUCACGCCUCUUCCUGGAAGCCGACUGCACGCCCCUGCACCUCACGUGCUGCCGUCAGGCGGCUCUCGUAGCUCUUCAGCUGCGCGCUGUGGAACUUCAUCUAUCCCGACAGUGUCUGCAACGUCAGCAACAAAAGCAGCAGCAAAACGGAAGGCACCUAGUGUCGCUGCUCCUUCAGCACUGCAGCAAAGCCCUAGAAACGUCCCUUCACCCUUUCAAGGAUGCGGAGAUGUUUCUUAAGGAUGGAACAGAUCUCCCAGUGCUGCUGUCAAACAUUGCCUCAACUGAUACAGUGGGUGCUGGUGGUGCUCCCGUGUCUCCUCGGCAAUUGGAACCAGGAGAUGCCGGUGCGGCAGCAACAGCUGCUGCAGACGCCGAGCGGCAGCAACGGGAUGCUUGGUUUCACAGUCUCCUCUUUUCCCUUGAAGGCUCUGCACUUCAGUGGUUUUGUCGUGGUGGCGGAGAUGAAAGAAAUGGGGGCCCCACGGAGGCGCCAACUACGGCACCGUCAGGAGAUUUGGGAUCAGCAGCAACAGCGGCAGCUGCAGCUGCACAAGCUGUACGGGAAUCUGAGGAAGGAGUUGCAGCUUCUGUUGGUUUGGGUGGCCCACAUCUGCGAUUCCUGCACUUGUCUGUCUCGCAAGUGCUGCUUUUCGUGGAACUGCACCCCGAUGCAUUUGUUUCUGGACUCACUGCUGAGGCCUAUCAGCACAUCUACGGGGGAGUGGUGCAGCUAGCUUGGCCGCGUGCGGUUUACAGACAUGUCAUCCUUGGGGGCAGAAUGCCUUAUCUUUCUCAGCUUCUGGGCAGACCGUUACACCAGGAGCACCAACAAAUAGCAUCACCAGACACAAGUUCUCUGGAGGCAUCCCAAAAUGCUGGGAAGAUUGCUGGAAGGCUUCAGGCAGUUGAGGCCCCCCAAGGCCAGUGCCAGCACCUGCAGCAGCAGCGGCGGCGUCUGCCGCAGGGAAUGUGGGGCGAGGGUCUUAGCAAAGCUGCACUAGAGGCCUUGGUGUCUCUGCAUCUCAAGGAAUUUGACUGCAGCGCCUGCAACAGCGAAGAGCUGCAGCAGUGUUAUAGGAACGGCAACUGCAGCAGCAACAGCCGCGUGCAACGACCGUUUGCUGUUCCAGGGAUAACGGAGCACGAUACAGCUGUCUAUACAGUCGAUUAUUCAGUUGACGCCGACGCGUAUUUGCUCCAUCCCACAGGGGCAGCUGCAGCAGCGCGUAGCAAAUCACAGCAGGCCUGGGAGGCACUCAAGGCAGCAGCAGAAGAGAACCUCCUAACGCUACUUCAAGAGGCAGUUCCCAAUAUCCGCGAUCGUUUGGAGCUCUUUUUGUCUCUGGGGCCCUCAUUUCAUUCUGCAGCGGCUGAGUGCUGCCGCUUGCUUGACGACAAGUGUCUCUACUUGCCAAUGGGCUCUUUUGCAGGGGCAGGGUGA